ACAUCACCAUGCGCGCCGCUGUGCUCGUGCUGCUCGUUGGGGCGGCGUCCUCCUUUGUGGAGAAGUCCGAAUGGAACGCCUUCAAGCAGGAACACGGCAAGGCCUACGCCAACCCUAUCGAGGAGUUCUACAGGAUGAAGAUUUAUGCCGACAACAAGGCGUACGUCGACAAGCACAUGAAGGAGUAUGCCGAGGGAAAGCACACCUUCACGGUGGCCCUCAACAAGUUUGCUGACCUGACCACCGAGGAGUGGAGCCGCACAUACAAGGGCCUCAUCAGGGGCAGCAGCCAGCCCCACGAGACCCACCAGCCGACCGGCAAGCAGGCUCCCAGCAGCAUGGACUGGCGCCAGUACGGCGUGGUGACCGGGGUCAAGGACCAGGGCCAGUGCGGCUCGUGCUGGGCGUUCUCGGCUACCGGCGGCUUGGAGGGCGCCUGGGCGAGAGCCGGCAAAUUCAUGCUCCCUCAAAGCGAGCAGCAGUUGGUUGACUGCUCCCACACUUACGGAAAUCAGGGAUGCAACGGAGGACUCAUGGAUUUGGCCUUCCGGUACAUCCAGGCGCACGGCGGAAUCGAGUCGGAGGAUUCUUACCCCUACACCGCCAAAGACGGCACGUGCCAAGACUACGGCACCAAUGUGGCUCUGCUCUCCUCCUGGGUGGACAUCCCGUCUGGCAGCGAGAGCUCCUUGUUGGAUGCCGCCGGCAACGUGGGCCCCAUCUCGGUGGCGAUCGACGCCUCCCACCAGUCGUUCCAGCUCUACUCGAGCGGCAUCUAUAGCGAGACAAGCUGCUCGAGCUCCCAACUGGACCACGGCGUGCUGGUCGUCGGCUACGGCAGCGGCUACUGGCUCGUCAAAAACUCUUGGGGGGCUGGCUGGGGACAGGGAGGCUAUAUCAUGAUGACCCGCAACGGUAGCAACCAGUGCGGUAUCGCCACCGAGGCCUCCUACCCGCGAGUCUGAGCGUUGAUGAAAGCUCAAGGUGCGUACUUGCUGAUACAAAUGUAAUGGUAGAACCUCGUUUUUACCACUUACUCGUGGGCACUUGCGGCCUACUCUGAAGGUUUGGUUUGUACUAAA